AUGGAAACUGCAUUUUGUAAUAACAAUGGGAAGAUAUGGUUGGUCUUUGAUGUUGCAAUAGAAUGGGAAUUGAUUAUGGAGACUGAGCAUCAGGAUAAUUUGUACUAUCUGGAAAGUGACAUGGAGCUGCCUUGGUUAGUAAGGGGAGAUUUCAUUGUGGUAUUACAUGAAGAUGAGAAGAUUGGGGGCUUGCUAGUACAUCCUGCUGAAUAUGAGGAUUUUGCAUUUUGUGUAAACCCUUGUGGGCUGUUUGAUCAAGGAUAUAAAGGGAGUCUACUUACUUGGAGGAAUGGGAGACCUAAUGCUGAGUGUAUAUUCAAAAGAUUGGACGGGAUAUUUGUGAAUCUACCAUAUCAAAAUUUGCUUCCUACAAUAGAAGUGGAGCACCUGAUUAGAACUGGACCAGAUCAUGCACCAUUGCUCAUGACUUGUGGAGAGAAGACUACAAAUUUUGUCAAGCCAUUUAGGUUUUUAAACUUCUGGACAAAACAUGCUACAUUCAAGGAUGUGGUGCGACAGAAUUGGGAUGCUGAUUUCAUUGGAGAUCCUUUUUUAAUGUUCAAGCAUAAAUUGAAGACGGUGAAGGCAGCACUGUCUAAAUGGAGUAAAGAUACUUUUGUUGACAUUUUCAAACAAUUGGCAAUUUUGGAAGAUAUUGUAAAAGUGAAAGAGAUGUUGUUUGAGGAAGAGCCUACAAUUGAGAAUAGGAUUGUAUUUCAAAAAGCUCAUGCAGAAUUGAAGAAAUACUUGAGUAUAGAGGAGCAGCACUGGAAGCAAAAAGUUGGGAUGAAAUGGUUUGCUGAGGGUGAUAGGAACACUAGUUUCUUUCACAAUCAUGUAGAUGGUAGGAGGAAGAAGCUACAAUUGAAAAGGAUUCAGAAUGGAGAUGGAAACUGGCUAGAAGAACAAGAACAAAUGGCCACUGUUGCACUUGAUUUCUACCAAAGAUAG